AUUGGCAAUAUUUAAUAGUAAAUUCAGUAUAUACAACCACAGCUAACUUCAAGCAUACUUUUCCCACAUCCUUUUCCGUGUUAGCUGUGAGAGAAGAAACAUGCCGCUAGCUAAAGAUUUACUGCACCCUUUGCCCGCUGAAGAGAAGCGUAAGCAUAAGCUCAAACGCCUGGUGCAACAUCCCAACUCUUACUUCAUGGACGUCAAGUGUCCCGGCUGCUACAGAAUUACUACAGUUUUCAGUCAUGCCCAAGGCGUCGUCGUUUGUGCGGGAUGUGCAACAAUCCUGUGCCAACCCACAGGUGGACGUGCAAAACUGACUGAGGGUUGCUCUUUCAGAAGGAAGCCUCAGUAGAUUUAACAGAUGUCAGCGCUGUUAUUAACUUUUUUAAUAAACACCGAGUAAAACGUUUCACCCUAACAAGAGCA